ACGAAACUGUCCUUUCAACAUUUCCUGUUCGAGGACAGACGGAGUCGCUGGUGCUCCAGAGCCCACUGAAUCAGAUUAAUAUCGAAGAAGAGGGGGAAUUUACGAAGGAGAGAGAACAUGUCCGCGAAUAAAGACACUGACGGCGGAUGGAGGAGUUUUGUGUGGAAUGCGGAGAAGAAGGAAUUUCUAGGGCGUACCGGGGGGAGUUGGUUUAAAAUCUUAUUGUUCUACCUGAUUUUCUAUGGAUGCUUGGCUGGAAUUUUCAUUGGGACCAUUCAGGCAAUGAUGCUGACAUUAAGUAACUACAAGCCUACCUAUCAGGACAGAGUCGCUCCCCCAGGUUUAUCACACACCCCACGUUCAGAAAAAUCUGAAAUUGCUUUCAACAUGAAUGAUCCAAAGUCAUAUGCGAGGUUCACCAAAAGCAUGAUUAAAUUCCUGGAGAUUUAUGAUAGUAAACGUCAGGAUGAUAAGAUGAAAUAUGAAGACUGUGGAGACGUCCCUGGUACAUACAAGCUUCGUGGGGAACUGGAAAGCGAUGAAGCAAUUAGGAAAGCUUGCCGUUUCCGUAGGUCUUGGCUGGGAAGCUGUUCAGGGGAGACUGACGAUACAUAUGGCUUCAGUGAGGGGAAACCAUGCAUCAUUAUAAAACUCAACAGGAUUGUCAGCUUUAAACCAAGGGCUCCAACCAACAAUCAGUCACUCCCAAUUCCUCUCCAGUCCAAAAUGAACACUAACCUGAUCCCUAUUCAUUGCACUAAUAAGAGGGAAGAGGAUGAAGGAAAAAUAAGAGAGAUCAAGUACUUUGGCUUUGACGGUGGCUUCCCCCUCCAGUACUACCCAUAUUAUGGUAAACGGUUGCAUCCCCAGUAUCUCCAGCCUUUGGUGGCCAUCCAGUUUACCAACAUCACCUUCAAUGAAGACCUCCGCAUUGAGUGCAAAGCAUAUGGUGCAAACAUUGAUUAUAGCGACAAAGAUCGCUACCAAGGACGUUUUGACGUUAAGAUCACAGUCUCCACCUCAUGACCUCAGCUAUGACGCAUACUUCUCUCCACCCCAUUUUGAAGACAAAUUAAUCUUGAGAAAAUAAAAGUUAAAAUAAACACGACUAGUCUUGGAACAAAUGUUCAUAAUAUACAGGACCUUCACUUAAUCUGUGUGCUUUACGCAAGCUUUUCUGUGUAUGUUGAGGGUUAGAAUGUAAAAUACAGGAAAAAUAGCAUAGCCAAUAUUUAUUCUACUGAAAAUGAAAAUAUUCCUUGAGCCAUGGGACGCGUUCAUUUAUUACUGUAAACUGCAAUUCCACUACUGAUAUGUAGCGAGCUGUGUUUCUGUCCCUGAAGUAUUUGUUCCUAAUGUGGUUUCUAUAUUUUUGGAGUGUCCAGUGCCGUAAUUUAGUCACAUGCCAUGGCCAUUAUAAAGCCAUGUUGUAAUCUGUCGUCUCAUGUCAGUCAGCUUUCGUGGUCCAAGUUGUGCGCGCGCGCGCGUGUGUGUGUGCUUGUUUCUGCGUGCGAUUUAGAGCCCUGAAUGGGCCAAAAACUCCAGCCCUAGCCCAGCCCUGUGGUGUUCAAGCCCUAGCCCAGCCCAACAAAGUCUGCAAUUUUUCAGCUCGAGCCCGACCCAAAACCGACACGAAUAUCUUUUUAAGCUCUCUCUGACGUGCGUUCUCCCUGAUACAUGCAAACACACACAAACACACACGGCAUGGUCAACUGUCCUGUGUAAUGCGCGCGUACAUGCGUAUGUAUAAUAUGUAUCAUCAAUAUAACAAUAUUUCGUACAGUGGCCUAUGUGUGCUCUGCACGUAUAUGAGCCCUACUCCGACCUGAGUCCAAUCUAUAAAAAAAAUGGCCCGAGCCUGGCCCGGAUCGACUCAGUGUGUCAGGACCUUUUGGGACCUGAUGGGCUUGCAGACCUCUAGUGUGAGCGUGUUAGUUUUGUGAGUAUGUAGAUAUGUGUUUACUAUGUACGUAUGUGCUCUUACCAACUGAAAUACUGGCAUGGUACUCUGAUCCUUGUAGGCCCAUGUAUGAGUAAAUGACUGCACUCCAAGGAAUCCUUUUUUCCCUGUUAUGUUUGAGUUGACUGCGGAAGGAUACAUUUCGACAUUUUCCUUUAGGUAUCACUUUAGCUGUGGCACAGGGUUAAAUGACAUUUCCGUUGACAUACUGCUUUCUCUUAAUUCAAAACGUGGACUUUUCUGGGCCCAGCCUGGAAGUCAUCUCCAUGGAAACAGUGGGAACUAUUUGCUUCUAAAAUCUAUUGUUUUGCUGGAGACAUCACGUGAUGUGGUGUAACUUUCCAUUGAAUGUUUUUUUGCCAUUUUCAUGGUGGAAGAAUUUUAUAUUUAUGCAGUUGUAUAUUUUUUUUUCUCAGCAGGAAAAGUGUGAAAGUAUGAAUCAAAUACCAAAGUCGCUGGUGAAAAGUUAGAUCAGAAGCAAUGCAGUAUCCCGUGUUAAAGGAUGUCAUGUUGGUGUAAAAGUGCUUAAUUCAAUGUUGAACAUCAAAACACUUGUCAGGAGUCCAUCUGCUCUUGUAACUUUAUUUAAUCUGGAUAAGACUGAAACAAAUAAAGAGAAAAAUAAGUA